UUUAGUAUGUGGUAAAAAAAAUCUCCAAUGCCGCAGGCAUUACGGCAGGAGUCAAUUUAUGUCAUUUUGAUGAUGCUAUACAAAGACUUGCUACGACUUGUAACCCACUCCUCUCGCUCUUGACGGCAAAGAUCUUUUCAACCAGUCAUAUCGACUUUUAGCUGGCAAAGCUCUCAACCGGUGCACAACUCUAAUGCUAGGUAAAGAAAAUGAAGUUCUGGCUCCUUGUAUUACUAAGUCAAACAUUAUCACUGCCAGCGUAAAGUUCCCUUAUGGAGAUGACUUCAAGAUGUGCAUACUGCAAUCAUGAAUUUUCCAACUAUUUUGAUAUCCACAAGCCUGAGAGCAGAGGAGGAGGAAAAUCUGAGGUCUCUGAUAAACUGUCAACGUACACCAACCAGAGACUCUGAUUUCAAGUCAAACUUUUUUUUACAUGCAUUAUAUGUAUCUCGUUGCAUGCAAACCUAGCUACCUUCAGGGUAUCACUGUGGCAUUCUUCUCCUAAAAUGUUCACCAAAUCCCCCUCUUUCUCACUAAUUCUCCAUUUUCUUCUAAUCUCACUGAAUGCAAUAAUAAUGCUCUCCUCUGCAACUGAUACAAUCUCCCAAGGCCAAUCCAUCUCUGGAAACCAAACCAUAGUCUCCAAAGGAGGCGUCUUCGAACUUGGCUUCUUCACCCCAGGCAAAUCCAACAACUACUACAUUGGCAUCUGGUACAGAAGAUCGCCUGAAGUAACCAUCUGGACAGCAAAUAGGGCAGCUCCAGUACCUGACCCGGCAACUUCCAAGCUGAAGGUAACCAAAGAUGGCAAUCUGAUCCUAUACAACUCCAAACUCCCAGUUUGGUCAUCCAACUCAAGUUCAUAUUUAUCAUCAUCCACCAACAUUAACGUCGCAAUACUUCUUGAUACCGGGAAUUUCGUUCUGAGAGAUCAAACAAACUCAUCUGCUAUACUCUGGCAAAGCUUCGACCACAUAACUGACACCAGGGUACCUCAUGGAUGGAUCGGAAUGAAUAAAAUCACCGGCGAGUACAAUGUUAUUACUCCAUGGAAAAACACUGAGGACCCAGCUCCAGGGCCUUUUAUGGAUACUAUAGACCCCACUGGCCUCAACCAGUUUAUUUUCUUGUGGAACAAUUCCAGGAGUUAUUGGAAUACUGGCAUCUGGAAUGGAGAAACCUUCAGCUCAAUCCCUGGAAUGAGGGCGGACCAUAGUUACACUUAUAAGUUUGUCGAUGAUGAUAAGCGCAGGUAUUUCACUUCAAAUCUCACUGAUGAGCGAAAUUUGGCACGCAGCGUGAUGCACUCUUCUGGUCAAAUUCAGCAGUGGAUGUGGUUUGAUGAUGCUAAAGGUUGGGAGCUGAUCUCGGUGCAGCCAGUCUCUCCUUGUGACGUGUAUUCUGUUUGUGGAGCCUACGGUAUUUGUGAUCAAUCGAGGAAACCCCCUUGCACCUGUCCACUUGGUUUCACACCAACUUCUGUUAGAGAUUGGGAGCUUGAUGGCUGGAGUUCAGGGUGCAAGAGGAACACCCAGUUGAAGUGCGGUUACAAGAACUCGACUUCCGGAGAAAAAGAUGGGUUUCUGCCAAUACCCAAUGUGCAUUUACCUGCAGACUCAAAACAGCAGCUGGGAGGAAAAGGUGCUGAAGAAUGUGAAUUGGUUUGUUUGAAGAAUUGCUCAUGUACUGCUUACGCUUAUGAGAGUGAGUGUUCAAUUUGGAGGGGAGACAUUCGAAAUCUUCAAAGUCUUUCUGAAGGUGACAAUAGGGCCGAUACUCUUUACCUGAGGCUUGCAGCUUCUGACCUGCCAAAGAAAACCGGUGAAAUGAAAUCAAUCAGAAGGAUUGCUGUAAGUGCAGCAAUAGCAAUAGUAUUGUCAGCUAUUAUUGCGUUGACCUUGAUAUUCGUCAGAAAAAGGCAUGGAGCAUCAAAAUCCCCCGAGGGUCCUUUGGUUUCAUAUAGUUACAGUGACUUGCAGCGCAUAACGAAGAAUUUCACUGAAAAGCUUGGCGGUGGAGGUUUUGGUUUGGUCUUCAAAGGACUUCUAUCUGAUUCAGAUUUUGUAGCUGUGAAAAGACUUGAAGGGGUUCGACAAGGAGAGAAGGAGUUCCGAAAUGAGUUGGGAACGUUGGGAAGAAUUCAGCAUGUUAAUCUAGUCCGUCUUCGUGGCUUCUGCUGUGAAGGAACCGAAAGGAUGCUGGUGUAUGAUUACAUGCCAAAGGGGUCUCUAGACAACCACCUCUUUCGAAAACAAUCCACGACUUUAGAUUGGAAGACAAGAUACCAGAUCAUACUAGGAACUGCGAGGGGAUUAGCGUAUCUCCAUGAAGAGUGUAGAGAAUGCAUUAUCCACUGUGAUAUAAAGCCAGAGAACAUACUCUUAGAAUCUGAGUUUUGUCCGAGGUUAUCUGAUUUUGGCAUGGCAAAGCUCCUUGGCCAUGAUUUUAGCCGAGUACUAACAACAAUGAGGGGAACCAUAGGCUAUCUAGCACCAGAAUGGAUCGAAGGGCUACCAAUAACACCUAAAGCUGAUGUCUAUAGCUAUGGUAUGAUGCUAUUUGAGAUAGUAUCUGGUAGAAGAAAUUCAAAAUUGGCUGAAGAAGGAAGCAUCAGGUAUUUUCCCGUUCAGGCUGCCAGGAAAGUCAUCACAGGGGAAGUUCUUAGCCUGCUAGAUGAGGUUUUGAAUGGUUCUGCUGAUGCGUUGGAGCUGAAUAGAGUAUGUAGAGUUGCGUGCUGGUGCAUUCAAGAGUUUGAGGCUGAUAGGCCAUCGAUGGCUGAAGUUGUCAAAAUCUUGGAAGGGGUUUUAGAUCUGAAGAUGCCUCCGUUUCCUAAAAUCCUUCAACGUCUUGCUGAGGAGGUUUCCAUGGUCAGUUACUAUGAGUAGUCACUUGAGAUGUGCUUUCUUGCGUUGAAAAGGGUCUCAUUAGUGCUAAGGUAGAUAUCAUAUUUUUCAUGUUAGUAGUUGGAAAUUAGAAAUAUAUGUUGAUUUUAUAUUUUUAAGCAGCCUCCAAUAUGCCCUAUAUCCGAAUUAAGGUGCAGACAAGGAAAGGCAGAAUUGCGUAUGGUUGUUUUCUUCUUUAGGAAAUGAUUUGUAGGUUAUAACUAUAUAAAUAUUUUGAAUGAGUCUUCUCUUGGUUCUUGCUCCAUGGUCGAAUUCUAAUUACUUAUUGCAGAGAAUAGAGAAAACCCUAAUUAUUGUUUAUUGAGAUAAUAAUAGAGAUAUAUAUAGCCAUACAAAUAGGGUUAAGGUUAAUGGGUAACGGCCUAUUAACCCAAUACCCAAUACUUAAUUUAACACUCCCCCCUCAAGCUGGAGCAUAUAUAUCUAUCAUGCCCAGUUUGUCACAUAUAGUAGAGAACACCUUUGAAGAUGUAGCCUUGGUAAGAAUAUCAGCAAGUUGUUGUGAGGACGGAGUGAAUAUGAGAGAUACUAUUUUCUUCUCCCAAGCAUCUCUGACAAAAUUGCAGUCAACUUCAAUAUGUUUUGUCCUCUCAUGAAACACAUGAUUCUGUGCAAUAUAAAUGGCAGACUGGUUAUCACAAUGCAUUGGCAUGGGUCCAGGCUGAACAAAACCAAACUCUGUCAUAAACUUUCGUAGCCAAAUCAUCUCACAAGCGGUGUGUGCCAUGGCUCUAUAUUCGGCCUCUGCACUAGAUCGUGAUACUACAUCUUGUUUCUUGCUUCUCCAAGUCACAAGAUUACCUCCAACAUAAGUACAGAAUCCUGAGAUAGACUUUCGAUCUCCCAUGUCUCCUGCGUAGCCAGCAUCAGAGAAAGCCGAAAUGUGAGUAUGAUCAUGCUUCUUAUAUAGCAAUCCCUUGCCGGGACAACUCUUGACAUAUGCCAAAAUCUUCAGAGCUGUUAUCCAAUGAACCUCUCU